AUGAAUGCUCCACGAGUGUUGGCAAAGCUAAGAGGUAUUUUGGUGAUUUACAAGCCACCCAAUUGGGAAGUUGAUGCGAAGAGGAACAAAACUGUUGGAAGUGGAAGGACGAGACUCCUGUCUCACUUCGUUCAAGAUCAGGAGACCUCCAGAGUGGUGCGGUUGGCCACUUUUGAGUAUGGCUUUAUCCACAGACUUGAUGUUCCAAGCUCUGGGCUUGUAUUAGUUGGUACCACGUUUGAGGGCCUUGCAACGCUCCAGUUUCAGAUCCACACAUACUCGAUACGCCGUGAAUACGCAGUUCUACUUGCAGGUUGCUGGCCUGUGGCCGUGGUGAAAGUUAACAUGCCAGUGCAGGACUUUCAGCCAGCGCGGAGCUUCGUUGAUGAGGGUGGUCGGCCAGCAGAUACCCGCACCAAGGCAUGCAAAAAGGAAAACGGCUUGAAAGGACGUUUCAUGAGUGCGGCAGCUAAGCGCCGCAGGACUGCGUUUGCUCGCAACGCAGCUGAGGAACAGGGCGUUCCUGUGGAGGAGAUCCCGAUUGUGCAUUCGGGAGGGCAGUCUCGACCGUUGUUCACGCCUAGGCUUCUUUGGGAUCCUGAAUCCUCAGAGGAGGAAGCCGAGGCUGGUGUUUCGACUGGGGCGGCGAUCACCCUUCCUCGUGCACGACCUCUGUCGGUGAUUGCAUCACAGGUCGUUCGGUUGGUCCCCAAGAGCUUUGGUUUCGUGAGUCCAUGGAGCGAAGGGGCUUUGAAGGCCUUGCUGAACGGCGUGCGGCGGGUGAGUCGCAGCCGCAUCCUUGUGAUUGAGGACGAGAACGCUGAGAUUGCACCGAUUGGACACACUCAGAUCGCACCUUUUCAUCCAAGUGCGCGCGUGUUCAUUGUUGAGAACGGCCGGCACUACACUGAGCGGCCAACGGGUGACGGAAUACCACCUCGCCAUAUUGAGUCCUUGCGCUUUCUUCGUGAAGAGAUUAACAACGCAGGCAACACCGCAGAGAUCAUCAUUUGCUCUCACAUUGAAAGGUCCCAAGCGAAUCUGGAAAACCUGCUUUACCAUACUGAGAUCUCCAACCUGCCAGUUCGCGAUAUCCUCAUUACAGAGCAACGUUACGGUGAAGCCGGCAAAUUGUCCGCCUGCCAGGCACUAUCGUCGGGGCUUGCGUUCCUCUAUGACGACAAUCCCGAAGUCAUUUCUGAAUUCUGGGGUUCAGGCAUUUCGUGUGCCGCUUGCCAAGCUGAGAGGUGCAUCCCGGUGAGUGCUCGCAGAAUCCUUGCUCGGCAGCGUCAGCGCCGCAAGGUAGCAAUCAUGGGAAUCGACCCAAUGAGUACGGGAGGUUGGUAA